CGGGAUAGUAUGGGACGAUUUUGCUGUGGAUUAUAUCUUAUUUGUUAUAUUUUUAGCAUUUCCAUAGAAAAUCACAUCCGAUAGUGGGAGGUAUGUGUUCUGAGAUUUGCUGAGUGUUUACAGGGAAUGGCGUGGCGAGCGGAGGUUGGGAAGAUGGCGCCCCGUCGAGAAGACGUAGUCCCCGCAGACGAGGCGAGAAAAGACGUUAAUUCAAACUCGCUUCCGGGAUUCAAGCGUUACCCGACGAAUAGGGAUCACCCCCUCAAAUCGGCCCCGAAAUGGAUUAAGGGCAAACGGGAGGACGACGCCGUUGGCCCUUACUGGAGAAUACACGACGGGCUCUACGAUCUGACGGAGUUCGCGGAGAGUCAUCCUGGAGGCAAAGUCUGGAUCGAAUCGACCCAAGGCACAGACAUCACAGAGGCCUUCGAGAGCGCGCACCUCGGAACUCGCUCACAAGCGGUGUUGCCGAAGUACUUUGUCGGACAUGCGGAAGGACCCAGGAAUUCUCCUUAUACAUUUCAUGAAGACGGGUUUUACAAGACGUUCAAGAGAAAGGUCCGCCCUGUCCUGAGGGAGGUUGGAACUGGUCCGGAUUGGCCGAUGACCCUGAUCCAGGACGGUUUAGCGAGUGCCACGGCAGUUUCGGUCUUGGCGGCGUGUCUCUUGGAUUCCUCCGCCUUUGCUGUUCUUGGCGGUGUGCUUCUUGCCAUGACGUCCAUGUGCGCGCACAACUUCUUCCACCAGCGAGACAACUGGCGGAUGUUCCUGUUCGACCUGACCCUCCUCUCCUCCUACGACUGGAGGAUAACCCACGGCCUCUCGCACCAUCUCUUCACCAACACCAUCUACGACUUCGAAGUGUCCAUCCUCGAGCCCUUCUGGGAGUUCCUGCCCAAACCCGAGAAGAACUUCCUUCAGCGGUAUGGAAGUUACGUUUACGAGUACCUGCUGAUCCCGUCGGCGAUGUACCUGGAGGCCCUGAAGAGGAUUUGUCUCGUCCUGUCGGGGGAAGCGCCGCUCAGACCUGAAAACCUCCUGCCCCUUCUGGAGUUGGUUGCGAUGGCACUGGCGGCGCCCUCGCUCGGGGCGGCGCUCAGGUUGUGGCUCGUGUUGCACGUUGCUUGCAGCUCGUGGUUCACAGGAGUCGGCCUCGUUGUGGCUCAUCAUCACCCAGAAAUUUACCAUGAGGGGGACGCCAUGAGGGAGGACCGCGACUGGGGCCUCUGCCAGUUAGACGCAGUUCGAGACAGGGUCGAGGUAACAGGAAAUUUGUUUUUAAUUGCAACCAGCUUUGGCGACCACAGUCUGCACCAUCUUUUGCCAACCGUGGACCAUUCUAAGCUGAAAUAUGUUUACCCCGUUUUCCUGGAAACCUGCAAGGAAUUCAACAUCCCGUUUUCCUUCAAGAACCAGUGGGAAAUGGUGCGCGGAAAAUACCUUCAGCUCGCAAACAACAAGCCUAAUCAAUGUCCUCCGGGUUAUAAGAGCAAAACAGGCUAAUGGCACUUCGUUUGUUUUGAUAAGAAGUUUGUCUCUGUUACAUAAUUUAAUUUCUGCCUUUCUGUCUCUAUGUAUUUGUCUCUCUCAACCUUUCUCUGUCUCGUUGCCCCCCCCCCCUUUCUCUCUCCCUCUCUUCUCACUUAUACAUACCUGUGCAAUACUGAAAUCAUAUGUAAAUUAUCUAAGAGGGAAUAUCUAUUACUUUAUCUGGCAUAUUCUUCUCUUAAGAAAACUUCAUUAUUUUCAAUAAAGAAUAUGAUAAAACCCAGAGUGGCA